UCCCCUUCCAAUGUUUACAUUUGGAGACUGGCAUUUAAUUAUUAAAUACGUUGUUUAUGUCGCCAUCAGCAAUGUUUUAUUACUGAAAACAGGCUGAAGUGACUCGAUAGUGACUAUAUCCAUAUGAAGACUUGGACAAGAUGACUGAGCAGUCUUAUGCUACAAGUAUCCGUCUUCCAGAUGAAAAUGCCUUCAGAAAUCUCAACACGGCUCGUCGGUUCGCCAUUGAUAUUGGUGGAUCCCUUGCCAAGCUAGCUUACACAGCCACUGUGCAGAGAAAGACUUCCAUGGUCAGCGAAGACUCAGAGGAAGAUGGGAGCAUAUACCAAGUAUCAGAUACAGAUGAAACCAUUGUGAGGCUACAUUUCAUCAAGUUUGAGACAAAGUUCAUAGAGACAUGCCUAGACUUUAUCCAAGCUCAUUUUAAAGGUUCUUCACAGUCAGACAGGAGUGUCAAGGUGACGGGAGGCGGGGCUUAUAAGUACACAGACCUCAUAUCAUCCAAACUUUCACUACGUGUGGACCGAGAAGAUGAAAUGUGCUGUUUAAUCAAAGGCUGUAACUUCCUGCUGAAGAAUAUUCCGGAUGAAGUCUUCAUUUACCAGCGGCAUGGCUCACCAGAGUACAGAUUCCAGGGAGUGACUCAUAACAUAUUUCCAUAUCUGUUGGUCAACAUUGGGUCUGGAGUGAGCCUUAUAAAGGUUGAAUCUGAGAAGCAGUUUGAGCGAAUAGGAGGGACAGCAACGGGAGGAGGGACAUUUUGGGGGCUAGGAUCUCUCCUCACGGAAGCCAAGACAUUCGACGAGCUGUUGCAACUAGCAGAGAGGGGGGACCAUCGAAAUGUCGACAUGUUGGUCAAGGAUAUCUAUGGCGGAGCCUACCCUCUUAUUGGACUCCCAGCUGAUCUCAUUGCAAGCAGCUUUGGCAAGGCUGCACGGUCACCUCGGCAAGGACAGGCUACAGAGGAGAAUGUAUUCAAAGAAGAAGAUGUAGCGCGUAGUCUUCUGCUGUCAAUAAGCAAUGAUAUUGGCCAGAUCGCGUACCUACAUGCACAACUACAUGGCCUUAAGAAGAUCUAUUUUGGUGGCUACUUCAUACGUGGACAUCCCCUCACUAUGCAUACAAUAACGUAUGCCAUCAACUACUGGUCAAAGGGUGGGAUCCAGCCCCUGUUUCUGCGACACGAGGGAUAUCUAGGGGCCAUUGGGGCUUUCCUUAAGGGAGCAGAGGAGGAUGAGAGUUACAGUUGGGAGGAAAACUUUGCCGGCAGCUCGGGUCUGGCCCAGUCUUCACAUCAGUUACAGCCUUUUAACUCAAAGUUUGACAAGUUGGAACUAGAUCGUCUUGAGAAGGUGCUACUGCCAUGCCCUCUGCUAGCGAGUCCCGAUACCUACCUCCCGGAUACAGUUGACCUAACUCAGGACAUCGCGGCACAAGAAUACUGGCUUCAGUGCUUUACAGACAGUAUUGACAAGCAAGAAGAGCAAGCUAUAAAGUCGCAGACUUCCCAUGACUUGGCCGAUGUGAAACUGAGGGCCGGCAAGUUUAAACAGGAAUACCUUCAUACCUUAGAAACCCUCAAGUCUAAUCCAUGUGCCUAUGGAUCUCUGAAUGUUCGUGGUCUGCUAGACAUGAGGAGCCAUUGUUUAAAAGAGUUCAACUUCACAGAUCCAUAUUCACAGCAAAAACAGUUUGAAAAUGAACAUGCUUUGAAAUACCUUACGGGCAGAUUACAAGACCUGGAUGGUAUAGAGGACGCCCAGACACGGAUCUUGGAGCUUGCCCGGGGGUUCUUGGCGGGGAACGUGUUUGACUGGGGUGCCAAAGAGGUCGCCGACAUUAUGGAGAAAGGGGAGUUCCAGUUUAAAGAUGCCGAGAGCAGGCUUCAAGACCGUCCUUGGUUGAUGGACGACUUUGAUGCGUGGGUGGGACGCCUAUCUAAGGGUCCAGUGUAUCGAUGUGUGGCGGUCUUCUGUGACAACAGCGGGGCGGACAUUAUACUGGGCGUGUUCCCGUUUGUGCGAGACCUGCUCAUGUCGGGAUCUAAGGUAAUUCUAUGUGCAAACACCAAGCCCACACUGAAUGAUGUCAUCUACCAAGAGUUACUGAUCCUUGUACGGCGAGUGGCUAGCAUGUGUCCAGUGAUAGCCUCUGCUCUGGACACUGGUCAGCUGAUGGUAAUGGCUUCAGGACAAGGGUCACCCUGUCUUGACCUCAGGUUGAUAGACAGUGACCUCGUCCAGUGUAUGACAAAUAACGGAACUGAUCUUGUCGUCAUUGAAGGAAUGGGCCGGGCCAUACAUACUAACUUUGAUGCCCGAUUCUCAUGUGACGUCCUAAAGGUGGCAGUGUUGAAAAACCGUUGGCUCGCUCAACGGCUCGGUGGGGACAUGUUCAAUGUUGUGUUUAAGUUUGAGCAAGCUUCAAAGUCAUUGGGAAAGAACAGAAUUUGUGAUAGAUGAUGGAAGCUGACUGUUUCGCCAUCAGUGUAAAAGAAUCUUGAGUAAGAAUAAUUAAUUUUUUUAAGUAUAAAGGCCAAUCAAAUAUGCAGUAAAAUCAUUCAGUUAAGAUUUUAUGUAUAUCGCAGAUAUUGCCAAAAUCUCUUGUUUCAAUGCACAAAAAAUCAUUUUGGUACCUGGUUUUUUGCUUUGUGUAGUUAUAUUUUCAAAAAGGUGAAUUAUAGCAAGACAGCGCACAAACCAAUAACAUCACUUCAGACGUUGUUUUCAUGAGUGCAAAAUAUAAUUAAAGCCUCAUUCCUUUUACAAAAUAAGCAUAGUUGUCAUUAUUAUAAUGAAAAUCUAGUUACAAUUUAAGAGCUGUUUUGGCAACAUCGCCAUUGCAGAAUGUUUUUAUUUAUAUAGUUCCAUUAUUUCAAAAGUAGCAUUGAUAUUUGAUUCUUGAAAAUUUAACAAAUUGAGGGACAUAUAACUACACCUGCACAGCUUUUUUUUUUAACCAAAAAAUAUAAAUAUUGAAAUGCUUUUGAAAAUUAUCCCUGCUUUUAUUCUAGGCAUCAUUAUCAUUUUAUUUUUAUCAUGUUCAAUUUAUAAUCUUUUUACCAAAUAAUGAGACUUCCUCCACAGGACUUGUUUCUUCUGAUAACGUAACAAAUGAAAAGUUUUGUUCAAGUGAAACUGACUUUCAAAGUUUUAAUUGCCAUAUUGUUUGGGGACGGGAAUAAUCACAGUUUAUAUGCCUACUUUAGCCAGAAUUUUAUAAUUAAUGUUGUUUUAUUCAGGAAUAAAGAAUGUAAAUAUU